AUGGGAUUCUUCAGCACACCUACCGAAUACGCAAUUCAAGGCGAAACAUCGCCACCGCCAAAAUUGGACACUUUGUUUCUUUUCCGUAACUAUGGAACAGAUUUCUACGCUAUCCAAAGCGAGUUCUCGAAAUCUUUGGAUAAGGGCGCCCACAGGCUAAAAUCACUUGGUUGCAAAAUCUCCGGAAAUUUUCACCAAGUGACGGAGUUCCAACCGCUACAGAAGCACGACGUGAACGACCUUGAUCAGGAUAUUUUCAUUAAAAAUGCACGUUCUCGGAACGGUAUCCCCUCCUUUGGACAAAGCCCUCCUCCAGAUACCACAAAGGUGGUUUUCCAAGUUCGGCGCACCUUCUUGACAUUUGACAGGUCAAAGUACGAGCUGUUGAUGCCGAUUUUGGGGAGUUGCUUUUACGUAUGUGGAGAGGAUCUCAGGUUCUUUCCAGGACCAAAGUUCCCCAUGACGCAUCUGCUUUAUGGAGCUGGAUGUGAAAUGAUGUCAGGGUCUGAGCACCAGUUAGUUGGUGAUGCUCGUUUGAAGUUCAACGCCGAAUUCAAGCAAGCCUCAUGGUUUCACCAAAAAGCGUACCAUCGUAUCGUGCUUCCAAAAAUGCUCGUAUCGGAUUUUCUCUCUUUGAAACUCCAGGUUUCAGGUCUGCGAAAUGACAAAAGGUUGGCGGAACUCUUUGUGAUUUCGGAAAUCUCCAUUGAGCUCCAGGAGUUUGUCAGUGUACAUGAACAAGGGCACUUUUUCAAGGAAGUGAAGACCGAGGUGUUGUUCAAAAAGGCUCCGUUUUGCACGGUCGUUCUCUCCAAAACACCUUUGGAUAUUUGUCCAGAUAUCGCUUUACCAGACCUUGGUCCAUCCUUUUUCACCAAGGACCUCACAAGGAGCUAUGGGUUGCGUAUUUCGGUGAAGGUCUCUCACAAGAGCCUUCCAAGCGUAUCCGCUUCAACAUUUAUGGAAUUGAACGUAGCACAAGAGACCCAAGAACGCAUAAACUACAAAGCCUUGGACGACCAGGAGUACUAUGGAAGCAGCUCGACAGCACGAACCCUGUUGAUUCAAGACUCACGUACGGAAGGGUAUUUGAUAGCUUUUAAGAAGAUGUUUCAAAUAACCUUGUUUGAGAAUAGGAACAGCUUUCUGCUGUGUCUAGUCCAGUCCCACACUAACGGGUCCUCCAGCCAUGUAUUCGGUUCCGUGGACGGUAGAGAACCAGCUCAGGCUAAGAAAGAAGAAGUGUGCUUUUCAAACUACGUCUUUGACUUUAUGAAACAAAAGGUGAAGAGUAUUUCUCGGCUAUUCACUGCUCAAGUGCCAAAACCACACUCAAUCCUUCCUUUGGUCACAGAAAAACCAAUUACAGGGGGUGAUGUCUCUAAUACUAGUGAGCCAUAUGCUUCGACUUGUCUUACGAUUGGCAACCAGGCAGUGGAAGCACUUGACCACAAUUCGAGAUGUCUGAGAGCAACCAGAGAUGAAGUUCUUACAAUCGGAACUGCAAACGUGCCCCUUUCUAUCCGUCUUGUAUUAAAUGAUCGUUUCAAACUGUCUGGAGGGUUUGGUGACAGCGUCAUUGCAACACCUGGAAUGAAGCUCUCGGAUCUUUUGAAAUUCCAGUUUAUUCUUCCGUUGAGCUUUGAGACUUUGGCUUCCGGUGAAGUACUGGUAGAGGAUUUGAAGAUUCGUGUGCGUAGGCUCGUGGUCAUUCUUGAUGAGUUAGACGGUCACAUUAAAACGACGACGUUGACUGAUCAAAGAGGUUUGCCAUCGGUACACUGGCACAAUUUCAGGUACCCAGUUGCCGGUAAUCCGACGGCUUGUGCUUUCCAUCUUCCAGAGGAACUCAUUGAGGGUAAAAUUCCCAAUCGUCUCGAGUCGAUCUCGCAGGAUUCAGGUUAUCUCUCGUCGUUUUGCUUGAUAGUUGUAUUGCUUGUUGAUAAGGGCGAGAAGGCCUACUUCUGGCCGAUGAGACUCGUGAUUGCUGAUCCUUGA